AUGACCAUGGGCCCGCAUUCGCCUUCGAGACGCGCUUCGUGCUCGCGCUUGUACGGGUCACUAGUCAUUUUUUGUAAUCACUUUAGUGCAGAGGCUGUUAGGGAUUAGGUACCAAUAGUUCCCACUGCUGAGAUUGAAGGGGCGCAGGUUCCGUUCCGCUUCACUUCGUUCUGACAUUGAAGCAUAGCACGACAACAAGAUUUCAUGCUUGUUUCUCGACGAAGACCAGGACUACUAUUUGAACGGACGAUGA